GGGGUACUGAACAUGAUCCUGGUCGUGCUUCUGCUCUCAACCACUACCUUCCAAGUGUUCACUUGAUAUUUACUGGUUCUUCCUCGGUGGCAGCAGACACGGAAGGAUGACUACUACGAUUCAUGUUGACGAAAACUGUCUGUUUUGUAAGAUCGUCAAAGGGACGAUACCCAGCUUCAAGAUCUACGAGGACGAGCACACUUUUGUGUUUCUUGACAUCAACCCGAUCGCGGACGGACAUAUGCUUGUGAUACCGAAAUAUCACGGAGAGACAUUGGGUGAUCUUCCGGACGAUGUCCUUAGCAAGCUGCUCCCUGUGGCUAAGAAGGUUGCAUUGGCCACGGGUGUGCCGCAGUACAAUAUCGUUCAGAAUAAUGGAAAGCUCGCGUUCCAGCACGUCUUCCACGUCCACUUUCACGUCGUUCCCAAGCCGAACGAGAAAGAAGGCCUGAUCAUAGGAGAGCAGAAUUGGCCCCAGAAGCCAUUGGAUAAGGAUGCUCUGGCUGCUACAGCGGAGAGAAUUAGGAACAAGUUGUAAUAGAAGGUGGCGCGUUGAGUGAUGCUCAAGGCCCGGAGUGUCUUCAAGUAGAAAGCCGGCACCAGAGCACUAUUCAUAAGGGAGAUAUUUACUACAUUGUAUAUCAGUGUACCUGUCUGUUUAUUGGUGGCUACUCACGGUGGCACUGUGAA